AUGCCCUCCUCAAGCGCUACUGUGCGGCACGCCCGGCGCCAAGAUGCCCCGGCCAUCUUGGAGCUCAUCCAAGCAUUGGCCGACUACGAAAAGGAGUCCGACGCCGUCGAGGCCACCGUCGAGUCGCUCCUUGACACCAUCGCCUUCGCACCCGACGACGGCAGUUCCGACUCGCCCUCCGCGCCCAACACCGAGCCGACCUCGCCAUCUCGCCCCGCACGCUGCUUGCUGCUCUUCGCCCCCGAGGGCAAGGCCGUCGGCAUGGCGCUGUAUUUCUACAACUACAGCACCUGGCGAUCCAGGCACGGCAUCUAUCUCGAGGACCUCUUUGUCCAGCCCUCGGAGCGCGGCAAAGGCUACGGCAAGCGCCUGCUCGUCGAGUUGGCCAAGCAGGUCGUCGCCAGCAACGGUGGCCGGCUCGAAUGGGCCGUUUUGAAAUGGAACGAGCCGAGCAUCAAUUUUUACCAGAGCAUCGGCGCCACGGCCAUGACCGAGUGGGUGGGGAUGCGAGUCGACGGCCCUGCGCUGGACAAGCUCGCCCAUCUCCUGGAUUAG